GAGCCAAGAUGGCGGCGGCGGCGGUCGGAGUCUCCUUGAGGCGCCGGUUCCCGGCCACGGCCCUUGGCGGAGCCUGCCUGCAGCUGCCAUAAUCCUGUGGAUUAACUCUUAGUGCAGCUCAAGACAAGCAAACUCCUUCAGUUUAGAACCACAACCACCUCUGGCCUGCCGGGGGGCACAGACAGCGGCAGCCACAGCUCCCCGAAUCAAGAAGUUUGCCAUCUACCGAUGGGACCCAGACAAGACGGGAGAUAAGCCUCGUAUGCAAACUUAUGAAAUUGAUUUGAAUAAAUGUGGUCCUAUGGUGUUGGAUGCUUUAAUCAAGAUUAAGAAUGAAAUCGAUUCGACUUUGACUUUCCGACGAUCGUGCAGAGAAGGCAUCUGUGGCUCUUGCGCGAUGAACAUCAACGGAGGCAACACUCUGGCUUGCACCCGCAGGAUUGACACCAACCUCAGCAAAGUCUCCAAAAUCUACCCUCUUCCACAUAUGUAUGUGAUAAAGGAUCUUGUUCCCGACUUGAGCAACUUCUAUGCUCAGUACAAAUCCAUUGAGCCUUAUUUGAAGAAGAAGGAUGAAUCCCAGGAAGGCAAGCAGCAGUACCUGCAGUCCAUAGAAGAUCGUGAGAAACUGGACGGGCUGUAUGAGUGUAUUCUCUGUGCCUGCUGCAGCACCAGCUGCCCCAGCUACUGGUGGAACGGAGACAAAUACCUGGGACCUGCAGUCCUUAUGCAGGCCUAUCGCUGGAUGAUCGACUCCAGAGACGACUUCACGGAGGAGCGCCUGGCCAAGCUGCAGGACCCGUUCUCCCUGUAUCGCUGCCACACCAUCAUGAACUGCACGAGGACCUGCCCCAAGCCUCCCGGGUCCUGCAGCUUUCAGUAUCAGAAUUACUUCGAGCCACGUCUUGCUAAGUCAGUUAGACGCCUCCGGCACAGAGCAAUGACCGGGAUCAGCUGUGACCUUGAGUUCCACGGCUGACCUCAGGAGACCUCUCCAGGCAAGCACGAAUUCCCAACACUGCCACCUUGGCUGUAACGCUCUGCCACGAAGGCAGCAACACUCACUGAAAAGACAGACGGUGCAAAAAGUGCGGCAGGCCGGAAACGGAAAGCCCCGCAAACGCCCCGAGUCCCACACCGCCUCCCCCACUGACAGCUGAGGCACUUCCUUCCAGACCUUUCUGCCAUGACAAAUGGGCAUACAGAAAGCUUUCCCUUCAAGAAUAGAGUGCAGG